UACCCGGAGCAGUGGGGUUCAGCUCACAUGCUCAUAGUGCCCAAUAUACUUCAAUAUACUUUGAAUUUAGAUUGGCGGCAUUUUACAUCGGGGUUGUUGGAGGGGGGCCACAGAGAUCUGAAACCUGGAACUGGGUGGACUGACGUGGUGACACCGAUGACCAAAUUGAGUUCCCGGUAUUCUUCUCUGCAGUUCCGGUCGGUACCAUUGUAACGAUUCUAUACCAUGGCUCUCAAUCAAAUGAUUAUCUGCAGGUCUUCCUCGGAUUCGGAAGAAUCGCUGGCCCUUCGAAGGGAUAGGAAAGUGGACCCUUGUUUUGGUACGUUCUGAACUACCAAAGUAUUCGCUUCGUUCCUGGGGGACGUUUCUGAGAUCUGCGUAACCAACAUUUGAGAGUCAUUGUCAAAUUACAGCGCCAGUUCAUUUAAUUUCCGUACGAGACUAUUCAGCCAACAUCUGCACUGUAACUUAACAGGGGGGGGGUUUAUAGUUCCUGGAUCUAACCCUCCCCUCUGGAAAGAUGAUUAAGAUUUCAUGCAGGCCUCUUUUGAUAGUCUUUUUUUUUUUUUUGAGUUGCUUCUGUCUGAAGAGUGUUU